AAUGGAUUGGAGCUCGUUGGGGGCAGGUUGGGGAGGUAGCAGGGAGGGUGCGGCUUCGUGACGCACUGCUGGUGGAACUCGAUCCUGGAGAGCCUGUGGCACGGCGUGCCGAUGGCGCCGUGGCCGCUGUACGCCGAGCAGCACCUGAACGCGUUCGAGCUCGUGUCCGUGAUGGGCGUCGCCGUGGGCAUGGAGGUGGACCGGAAGCGGGGCAACUUCGUGGAGGCCGCGGAGCUGGAGCGCGCGGUGCGGAGCCUGAUGGGCGGCGGGUCGGAGGAGGGGAGGGAGACGCGGGAGAAGGCCGCGGAGGCGAAGGCCCUGUGCCGGAAAGCCGUGGAGGGCGGCGGGUCGUCGGACGUGUCGAUGCAGAAACUGGCGCGUGAGAUUUGUGACGAACAUAAGACGCGGGGAUGUGAAGCUGCGGGUGUCAUGCGAGGCGACUGA